AUGGCAAGCACAACCACCACCGCGCUCGUUCUCCACGGCGCCAAAGACCUCCGCCUAGAACAACGCGCCAUCACCCCCCCAUCUACAAACGAAGUCCAAGUCGCCAUCCGCGCAACAGGAAUCUGCGGCUCAGACCUCCACUACUACAGCCACGGACGCAAUGGCGACUUCGUCGUGCGGGCACCAAUGUGUCUAGGCCACGAAUCCGCCGGCACAGUAACAGCCAUCGGCAGCGCCGUGACAACCCUGAAAGUCGGCGACCGCGUCGCUCUGGAAGUCGGCCUCCCAUGCCGCAAAUGCGCGCUCUGCAAACAAGGCCGCUACAACAUCUGCAAAGCCAUGCAAUUCCGCAGCUCAGCAAAAGCCUUCCCCCACCUCGACGGCACGCUGAUGGAGCGCACAAACCACCCAGCAGACAUGUGCCACCUGCUCCCAGACAGCGUGAGCGACGCAGGUGGUGCGCUCGUCGAGCCGCUCGCCGUCACGCUGCACGCUGUGCGUCGCUCACACCCGCCGAGCAAGGCGGAGGUUGAGCAGAACCGCUCCGCUGGAGAGGAGACCCCGGCGCUGGUUUUCGGUGCUGGCGCUAUCGGCCUGCUGCUUGCUGGCGCGCUGGCGGCUAGUGAGAAUUUCUCCGCGAUUGUCGUUGCGGAUAUCGAUGCGCGGAGACUCAAGAUCGCGGAGGAUAUGGGGCUUGGUCUUAAGACGGCGCUUAUUCCCAGGUCUGAGACUCCGCCUCCGCCGAAGGAUGCGCCGCAUGCUGAGCAGACAGCUUAUGCGCUGGAGAAUGCGCAGGUGGUUGCCGCUGCGUUGAUUAAAGCCGUCGGUGCGAAGGAUGGACUCAUUGUGAACGGAUUCAGUCGUGUUUAUGACUGUACUGGUGUGCCGGCUUGCGUGCAGGCGGGGAUUUAUGCUAGUGCGCCUGGUGGUGUGCUGGUGCAGAUUGGUAUGGGAAAUCCUAUCCAGACGCUGCCUGUUGGUGCGGCCGCGCUGCGCGAGGUCGAUAUCAUUGGUGUGUUCCGUUAUGAUGGAUCUGCGUACCCCGCUGCUAUUGCGCUGCUGGCGAGUGGAAAGAUGCAGAGUGUUCAGGAGAAGGUCGUUACCCAUAGACUCAAGUUGGAGGAGGGGGAGCGGGCGUUUACACUUGCCGGGAAGGGAGUUGAUGAGGAGGGGAACCCUGUUGUAAAGGUUAUUAUUGAGAGCCGACGGGGCUCUAAUGGCUCUCUGUAA